AUGCCUUCGGAAAAUGCGUCAAAUCUCACCCAAGAGGAAGUAGAAGAAGGACUGCAACUCAGAGUUGCUGAAGCUCAAACAUGGCCUGCCAAGCUCCCAUUUGAUGGUAUUGUUGAUUAUGACGGUGAAUCCGCUGACUUGUUCGCAUUUGUGACAAAUGAUAUUGAAACAAGAAAAGCAAGAUUCGAUUCAAAACAAUGGCCACCUACAAAACAAGGCCUCAAAGAUUUGCUUCACCAUUUGAAACUAAUUGGCCUAAAGCAUGGAAGUGAAUUUACCUAUGAUGCCUCAAAAGGAUGGUUGACCUGUUAUAGAUCAAAGCCAUACAAAGGGACAAAACUACAGGACUUGGAGCAAUUCAAUGAAAAAGGAGUCCUUCUCCAAUACCAACACAAGUCCUACCAUCACGAUCGUUUGAGAAAUCGUCCAGAUGGCCAAACCUGUCCCCGAGCUACGCACACUUCAAAGGACAUUACAGGAGACAAGUUGUGCUCCUGCAGACUAAGACUAGGUAUUCAUAGCAGUAAAAAGGCAGGUGAUCAAUCCCAUAUCUACAUCUCUUGUAAAGGAGAUAACCUCCACAAAUACCAUGCCAAACCUGCAGCCCAGUUACCAAUAAAAGCACACAACCUCACUGCAGAAGCUCGACAAAUAGUCUGUGUCUAA